AUGAUAUUCGGGGGCUCAAGCACUGGGAGUGGGGAGACGGCCAUCUCAGAUGAGACGGCAUUUGCAGAAUUCCGCGACUGGGGUGUGGCUUGGGUGCAUGAGCCGAGCAAUUCUGUCGGCCACCAGAUCGCAGCAUGGCGGAUGGGUGAGAAAAAGCGAGAGAAACACCUCGCAGAAGUGAAGGCCCGAUGGGCAGAGAUCAAGAAAGAGAGACAAAAACAGAGGAUGCGGACGGUCAAAAUUUCGUUCAAGGGCACACAUGUCAGGACUUACACGUAUGAGCCAUGUGAGCCGCGUCUAACAGAGAAGGAAAUCAUGCGUAUUGGGAAGAAACAAGGCGCAAAUUGUGAAGCCUGGUUCGAUGUGGUGGAGAUGUGA